AUGGAUCCUGCCUCUGACUCCUUCCCCCCCCCCCUGGCUGAGGUCAAAGCACAACGAGACAGCCGACACACUAUGACCUUUCACCUUCCAGAAGAGGAAGAAAGUGACCAUGAAGACCUGCAGGGGACCUUGAGCUCUCUGCAUGCUCAGAGGGGUUUGAGGAUGACACAGACCCCUCCGUCGCCCCUGAGCGCCGGAGGGGAGAGCCACCUCAGCCCCUCGCCCGCCCUCCGGACUCCUUGUACCAGUUGACCACGUCCCAGAGCCUCCCCCAUAACUCUGCCUGGGAGGUAUCCCCAGGAGCGGAGGAGGUGGUUCUGGCAGCAUGUUCCCUCUCAGGCCUCUUUCUGUGA